AUGCUCUGCCAAGGCCAACCCCAGGUGGUGAUCUCCUUGGCUGUCGCUCUUAUUCUCGUCUGGAGUAUUCGGCUUUUGUAUACCCACGAAGGAAUCUCGACGUUACUAUACACAUUCGAAGAACCCAGCCAGCAACAUGUCGAGACGGUGUUCAUCCAACAGGCCAUGAGUGUCGAGUUUCCGGCCCCGAUCGAUUAUAGACCCAUCCAAUCGACAUGUGCCGGUACUGAAUUCCGGCCUGGUUUGCUGUUCAGCUGUGAGGGACAACAUGGCGGAAUUGGUAUGGUUCGGGACCAGAUUCUCAAAUGCGUCCGAUAUGCUAUACACGGUGGAGGCGCUCUUGUCAUUCCUUCGAUGCAAUUGCGAAAUGCGAGCGAUAUUUCCGACAUCGAGACCAAUAAUGAGAUGCCCCUCGAUUACUUGUUGGAUCGCCAGACAUUUGUUACACAUUUGACAGAGGGAUGCCCAGGGAUGCGAGUUUACGAACGCGCAGAAGAUUUCCCCCACUACCAGCAACUGGCAGGGCAGCCUUUAGAUUUGGUGGGGGACCAAUUCGAGCCAAACCAUCCUCGUGAAGGCCUUGAGCAUCCCCGCGAAUGGCGGCGUUUCUUCGACGAAUGGUUAAACCAGCAGUCUGUGCGAAUCAGAUCAGAUGCCCCGGUUCAUGUCAAGAUCGGACAAGCCUUUCUUGAGUAUCCGGUGCGCGACGACGGUCCGGCUUUUGUUCACGAAUACGGCAAGAUCCUAUCUUUUAGAAACGAUACCCGUGAGCUGGCGGCAAAAGUGCUUUUCAACCUUAAACAAAGGUUCGCGCUACCCAUCGAUCCGACGAAGGCUAUCAAUCCCGGUGCAUAUUUUGGCGCACAUCUGAGGUUGGAAGAUGAUGCCAUUGCCGCCUGGCAACCGGACGAGUGGCGCUUCUCCCGAAAGGACGACCAGUUCGAGGAGCAGUUCAAGUAUAUCGAGAACACAGGACUCAACGUCGUCUACGUCGCGUCCGGAAACCAGACUGUGGUAAAAAUGUUCGCCGAGGCACUCGCCAAACGUCUCGCGGGAAACCCGAAUACGGAGAUGAGGAAUGUCUCGGUAGUAACCAAGAACGACUUGCUCCAGGGUCCCGAUCGGCAACUUCUUGAUACCCUCACAUUCGACCAGCACGCAUUGAUAGACUUCCUCAUGUUGUUCAAAGCAAGCGCCUUCAUGGGCGUCGCACACUCCAGCUUUCCGUGGACGGUGGCGCUGCGAAGGCACGAGUUCAGCAAGUACCCCACGUACGGUAAUGAAGGCUCAGACCUAUUGAAAGAUGAAUACAGCACUAUUAUGGGAAUGGCGGCCGAUUACCCCGAGGUUGAACCAUUCGUGUACGGCUUAUGGCCGUAG